CACGCUCUCAGUUAGUCACUGACAGCGAGGAGAUCCAGCAAUGAGAAGAGUAUUUGCGGCUCCACAGACAUGCGGGAAGCGGUGCGUUGAUAGUUUGGUUGUCCCGCAAUGAGCCGCAGACCUCCGGACCGGUGCGGCGCUGGACGGGACAUGAGGGCAGCCUGGAUCCUGACUGUGACCACCCUCAUCACCGCCCGGGCUGCUGGAGGAUCACCGCUGGUGUCGGACCCUGGGGUUUUUCUGGAAAAGUACGGCUACCUCCAUCAUGACAGUCACAUCCACAAUGCAGUAGAGAUGCAGUCAGCUAUCUGUGAGUUCCAGAGGCUUUCCCGACUUCCUGUCACAGGCGAGCUUGACGUUGCCACCCUCAGUCAGAUGGCGGAGCCCCGCUGUGGGGUGUCGGAUGAGGGCAGCCAGCAGCUCUGGACUCAGAGAGUAAACGCCAUCUUCACUGGAAAGACCGCCGCUCUCCGGCGACCACAGCGCCGCAGGAGGCGCUCAGCUACGCAAGCUGAGAAGUGGUAUAAACGUCAUCUGACCUACCAGAUAGUGAACUGGCCUCGUCACCUGUCUCUGGGCUCCGUCCGGCUGGCGGUGCGCGCUGCCUUUCAGCUGUGGAGCAACGUGUCGGGCCUCGUGUUCCAGGAGGCUCCCGAGGGCCCCGCAGACAUCCGACUGGCAUUUUACGAGGGAGACCACAACGACGGGGCCAGCAAUGCCUUCGAUGGACCAGGAGGAACUCUGGCUCACGCCUUCCUGCCUCGCAGGGGGGAAGCCCACUUCGACAUGGCUGAGAGGUGGACGCUCAACGGACACAAGGGACACAACCUGUUCAUGGUGACCGCCCACGAGAUCGGCCACACGCUGGGACUGGAGCACUCCCCCGUCCGUCACGCCUUGAUGUCGCCGUACUACAGGAAGCUCGGCCGCAGCCUGGUGCUCAGCUGGGAUGACAUCAUUGCAGUGCAGCAUCUGUACGGUAAGCCAUCAGGUGACCGCCCUGUGAGGCUGCCAGGCCAAGUUUUGCACGCUGCUCUGCAGGAUUGGGAGUUUCACAAUGGGCUUGAGACCACAGGGCAGCCUCUCUACUGCCAGGGUGUCUUUGAUGCCAUCACCAUGGACCAGAAUGAAACAGUGCUGGUGUUUCGGGGCGGUUUGUACUGGACAAUAUCUACUGAAGGCGUUGUGAGCGGCCCGCUGCCUCUCCGUCAGCGCUGGUCUGAUCUUCCUCCGGCCAUCGAGGCUGCUGCCUUCUCCCCGCUGGACUCCAAGUGGUAUUUCUUUAAAGGGAAGCGAAUGUGGCGCUACUCAGGCAGUGUGCUGGACCAAGGCUUCCCCAAGAAUAGCAGUGAGUUGGGGCUGCCUCGACACCCUGACUGUGUCUUCUACUACGCUCCUCUGGGUCACAUGGUCCUCUUCAAGGGGUCCCGUUACUCCGUGCUUAACCUCAAAACCCUGCACCAAGAGCCCUACUACCCUCGCAGGCUAACAGACUGGACUGGUGUGCCACAGGGGACCAAUGGGGCGCUGACCCGUCCUGACGGACGCCUCUACCUUUUCAGAGAACAGCGGUUCUGGAGAUUUGACCCGGUCAAGGUGCGAGUCACCAGACAGGGCCAGUGGGCCAAAGACCUGAGCUGGACUGGUUGUAGCAACGCUCCUCAGAGCAACAACAUUCUUUGACCAGCAGAGGGAGCUGUAAGCUUUAGAUAACGUGCAAUAUGUUAAUUUAUAAUAUAAUGUAAAGAUGCUAUAACUUUUUCAGCCUAAACCCACAUUGAGUUUAUAUGUUGCAAAUGGAACAUAGCUCAGCAAACUCUAUGAAGGGAUUCAACUAAAAUAGACCUACUUGUUUUAUACGUUUUAAGUCACAAAUAGUAUUUAUAUUGCAGAGCAAUGAAUAUUUCUGUACGUUGAUGAACAAUUAUAGCCUAAUUAAUACAGGUAAGAUUAUGAAAAGGACUGUUGUUGUGUUUUUCCAGCUAAUUGCUCUCUACAUUACAUCUUUAUCACUGACACCCAGUACAGCAUGCGCUUUAACUACCCGAGAUUUCAGGUUGCUCAGCAAUAUAUGAGGUUAUGAUUCACACUUAAAUCUGGCAGAUGUGUUUGAACAUUUUGACAUUUGACAGCUGCACUGUAUUUAAAAUAUUACUCACUUUGUACAGCCAUCUUGGUAGCUCUGUUAUUACACAAUUGUACUGUAUAUUGUAGAAACUUAUGUGACAAGUCAAUCCAUUUUAAGUCAUUUCUGAGUGGAAAGUGUCACCUGCAGCUGAGCUUUGGUUUCUUCUGUCUUCCAGAGGACUUCUCUUUAGCCAGACUACACAGCUGUGUCCUCUUGCAUGACUUCAGAUCCACUUUAACAGGUUUAUCAUCUUGUCCAAACUGUGUUGCAGUCCUCCUAGUGAUAUGUUUUUAAUUGCACGGUGAUAAUUACCACAGACUGGGACAAAGUAGCAGGAAUUUAGAUGAAGAACUCAUCGACUGGCUCCCCCGUUGUCAGACUACUCAGCUGCGUCCUCCUGCAUAACUUCAGAUCCACUUUAACAGGUUCAUCAUGACAUAUCAUCAUAUAGGAAUUUAGAUGAAGAACUCAUCUACUUGCUCCCUGUUGUCUGUUUGUGCUGACAGCAGCUCAGCAGUAGUCCUGUUCUCCACAAAUGGCCCUUUGGAGGGACUUUGUCCUGCUGCCACAGUCCUGCUGUCACAGCGCUUCCUGGCUGCAUCUGUACAUCCAGCAGAGCCCCAUGUCCUGGAGGCGACCUGAGGGUGUAUGUGUGUCCGUGGCAGACAAUCAAUCAGCUCCUUGGCCAGACCCUCAAUACCCCCUACAGCUGCAGGUCUUUCAGAGUGGAGAUUCAUCAAAAGUUCCAUGGAGGAAAGGCUAGCAAUUAAUUUAACUUCCAUGUCAGAGUGCAGUGAGACGUGGACUCAUGACUCUACGAUGGUUUCUGGCUCCUCCUCCUUCAAUA